AUAGUGGAGGUCCUUUAAUGGUUCUUGAAUCAGGAAGUAGAUUUGUACUUUUAGGUUUAACAUCUUUCGGUUAUAAAUGUGCCGAUAAAGACCUUUUAGGCAUUUACACAGAUGUUUCAAAAUAUUUAGAUUGGAUUAAUGAGAAAACUAACGCUCCUAUAACUGAUGAAAAUCCUCCAGGACCAGGAGACGAUGGUGAUGAUGAUGGUGACGAUGAUGAUGAAAGCGAUGAUGGUGAAGAUAAUGAUGAAAAUGAUGACGAUGAAGAUGAUGAUGGGGAGAAGAAAAGGGAGCCCAGAAAAGGAGAAGGAAAUGAAAGUCAUAAGAAAAAUCGUUCGGAUAAGAAAAAGUCAAUGCGCACGAAAACUGUCUUUGAAAUAAGGAAAAUGAACAAGAAAUUAAAUAAAAUUGAAUUUUGAAAAAUAAAAAUUCAAUAAAUAGCUCGAUA